AUGGAGUGGGUCAAUGAGACCUUGGUGAGAGAGUUUGUCUUCCUCGGCUUCUCAUCUCUGGCUGGACUGCAGCAGCUGCUCUUUGCUGUCUUCCUGCUGGUCUACCUCUUCACUCUGGGCACCAAUGCCAUCAUCAUCUCCACCAUUGUGCUGGACAGAGCCCUUCACACCCCCAUGUAUUUCUUCCUUGCUGUACUCUCCUGUUUUGAGACUUGCUAUACCUUCAUCAUUGUACCUAAGAUGCUGGUUGAUCUGCUGGUCCAGAAGAAGACAAUUUCUUUUCUGGGUUGUGCUAUCCAGAUGUUUUCCUUCCUCUUUUUAGGUUGUUCUCACUCCUUCCUGCUGGCAGCCAUGGGUUAUGAUCGCUACGUGGCCAUCUGUGACCCUCUGCGCUACACAGUGCUCAUGGGUUAUGGGAUGUGUUUGGGACUCGUGGCUGCUGCCUGUGCCUGCGGCUUCACUGUGUCACUGGUCACCACCUCAUUAGUAUUUCACCUGCCAUUCCACUCCUCCAAUCGGCUCCAUCACUUCUUCUGUGAUAUCUCUCCUGUCCUCAAGCUGGCAUCUCAUCACUCUCGUCUAAGUCAGUUGGUCAUAUUCAUGCUUGGUGUAUUUGCCUUAAUUAUUCCCCUGUUACUUAUCCUGGUCUCCUACAUCCGCAUCAUCUCUGCCAUUCUAAAAAUCCCAUCCUCUGUUGGAAGAUACAAGGCCUUCUCUACCUGUGCCUCCCAUCUCAUUGUGGUAACUGUUCAUUAUGGUUGUGCCUCUUUCAUCUACUUAAGGCCCAAAUCCAAUUACUCUUCAAGUCAAGAUGCCCUAAUAUCUGUGUCUUAUACAAUCCUCACUCCAUUGUUCAAUCCAAUGAUUUACAGUCUAAGAAAUAAGGAAUUCAAAUCAGCUCUUCGAAGAGCAAUGGUCCAGACUUCAUAUCCUGUUAAUUAA